AUGGGCAUCGUUAGCAGCAAGCCCGAAGACGGGGCCGCCCUCUAUCUUAGAGACCAGAAUCGACUAUCCGUAUCCUCCCUCGUCAUCUCCAACCCACGAAGGCGUUCGUCCAUAAACAUCGUUCCCAAUUCGUUCCCUGCUACCAGAGUAUCGGCUUCGCGCCCACUAGGCGACAGCAGUCCCAUAGAAUUUGUCCAGGACACUGAAGUCGUCACGAGCCCAGGUGGCAUCCCGAAUUUUAUACUAAAGCUCACCCACGACGACGAGCUUGUCUUUACCUUUACCUUCGUCAUUCGCCAAGGACAGCAGUUUGUCACCAACGGCACUACCGACACCGUCGCUACGGUCGAUACCCAGAUCAGCGGGCUGACAUAUGUCUACGCCUCAACACCGCGCGAGGUAGAGAACCUGGUCACAAGAGAGUUCCAUGCGGACCCGAAUCUACACAAGAAUUCCAAUGUCGAGUUGGUGGGCGACUUUGGGACCGGUGGCACCCCCUCGGUAUCCUUUGAAUGGACCUGGAAAUGGAAGCCGCCAAAGAACGUGGAAGACAGAGGCGGUGGAUGGAGGAACUCUUGCAGCUUCGUCGAGUAUGAUCCUCGCAACCACUGUCUGCACACUUUAGUCAGUUUCUCUUACUGGGUUUCGAACCCAGCUUUGCCGCUCAGCCACCCCAACUCGCCGUCUCCUCCCUUCCUCUUGACGGCGCCUCCCAAGAUCCGAGUUGCAUCAUCUCAGUCCGUCGAUUCUCGAAUCAGUCAUGCCGAAUUAGAUGAACCCUCGUCGCCCCUGCCAGCCAACUUCUCUUCUACCACCCUACUCCCCGGGCCACAAACGGCACAGGAACCGAUCAAAGUGGAUGUCGCUUGUCCCAAACCAACAGAUGACGUCCUCGUUCCAGACGAUGGUCCGGUCUUUAGAGCAACAAUAAAGGCGUUGGAGCAAAAGACGGGCAAUAUGCGAACGCAGAUGAAGCGCGUGCUCAAGAUGGCCAAGCAAGCGCACGAAGCGCAGGUGGAAGCCAACAAGAAUUUCUCCGAGUUCAUCGACACCCUUCGCGAAGCUUCGUCUACAAACGCCAAUGCCGUGCAACCAGCUAUCGAACACUACUUCGACAAGAUUGCCCGCGAGAUCCUGUCGUACGAGCGAACAAACACGGUCAACCUCAAGCGCAUUGUGAUCGACCCACUGGACAAGUUCUACACGGUCGACAUCAAGCAAGCCGAAUCGAAGAAAAGAGACUUUGAAGAGGAGAGCAAGGACUACUAUGCUUAUGUCUCGAGGUAUCUCGGCCAGCGUCACGACUCAGUCAAGGCCAAGAAACUGGCGGAAAGUGACUCCAAAUACCAGACGAAGCGCCGCAACUUUGAGCUCAAGCGGUUUGACUACUCAAGCUUCAUGCAGGACCUACAUGGCGGCAGGAAGGAGCAGGAAGUGUUGUCACACCUUACGAGGUAUGCCGAUGCUCAGACGAAGAGUUUCCUCGAGGCGGCAAAGAAGAUCGAUACUCUGCUGCCUCAACUGGAGGCGCUCUCGAGCGAGGUGCAAGAGGCCGACAAGGAAUAUCAAUACCAGCGGCGCGAACGGGAGGAGAAGAGGAGACUGCUCGAAAAGAGCAACCAGCCUUAUAACGAGCCGGAUCCUGCGCCAGCACCUGGAACUAGUGCUGGUCAAGUCACGGGCUCAAACGGGAAUGCAUACGUCUCCGAUAGCGAUUUGGGCCGCGCUGACAGCACGGGAUCGCAGCUGAAGAUCGGGCUGUCCUCGGGCUCAAAUCCUUCAAUAGCCAUGGCAUCUCCUGAGCUAUCUAGGUCGCCAGGCAGCCUUGGCAACUCUUCCGUGGGUAGCCCUGCUCAAGCUUCGAAAUUCAAGGGCAUCCGUGACUUGGAGGAGAAAGACUAUGGACAGCUUUCUAGCGCCAGCAGCAGCGCCCAGCGGAAAGAGGGCCUCUUGUGGUCUCUGAGCAAGGCUGGUAGCAAUCACGUAGACCCGCGGAACCUGAACAAGCAGGGUUGGCAUAAGUUCUGGAUUGUACUCGACCAAGGCAAGCUCUCGGAGUAUAGUAACUGGAAACAGAGGUUGGAUCUGCACAAUGAUCCGAUCGAUUUGAGGAUGGCGUCCGUCAGAGAGGCCCGUAAUGCAGAGCGCCGGUUCUGCUUUGAAGUCAUUACGCCUCAGUUCAAACGCGUAUACCAGGCCACAUCUGAAGAAGACAUGAACAGUUGGAUCACAGCCAUCAACAAUGCAUUGCAGAGUGCGGUUGAGGGUCGUAUCAUGAGGGACAAGUCUACCCCGAGCGACUCCGGCCCCAUCAAGAGAGACAUUGGCUCUAUUCUCACGGGCAAGAGCCCUUCUGUUGGGCACAACAGUCAUCAUCACAUAAACUCGAACAAUGCACCCGUCCGUCGAAUCACGGUCGGUGCUCGGCCCAGCACGCACAGGUCCUCCAGCUCAACUUACGACGAGAAUCCUGACAAGUUACUGCAACUGCUUCGCGAUAACGACCAAGGCAAUUGCUGGUGCGCUGACUGCGGGUCGGGCACAAAGGUCGAGUGGGUCUCCAUCAACCUAGCCAUCAUUCUUUGCAUCGAAUGCAGUGGCAUUCAUCGCUCUCUUGGCACGCAUAUCAGCAAAGUGCGAUCUCUGACCCUGGACAUCAACUCUUUUACCUCUGAUAUUGUCGAGCUCCUGCUUCUUGUUGGAAACAGGGUGUCCAACAUGAUUUGGGAAGCGAGACUUGAGCCUGGGUUGAAGCCGACACCCCAGGCAACGCGAGAGCAGCGGCUGAGGUUCAUUACUGCCAAGUACGCCGAUAGGGCCUACAUAGAGCCGAUCUCGGCAACUCUCUCGCGCUACCCGACUCCUGAAGAUACCUUACUGGCGGCCAUUAAGAAGAACGAGAUCCAGCAAGUAAUUUACGCACUGGCUCUACGAGCCAGCCCCAACGUCACAGACAGAUCUCGCGGAACGCAUGCAGUGUUCUUAGCUCUUGCGGCUGCCGACCCUGCCUCGCCUUCUCCCAUUCCAGGGCAGCCUCCUGAGACGGACAGAACGGCGACGUUCCCGGUGGCAGAGAUGCUCCUCCAGAACGGGGCAGAAAUACCAUCCUCGAUGCCGGCUUUCCCAUUAAGCCGCAGCGCACAGUUGUACAUUGAAGAGAAGCGGGGACGGAAUUCGGGGUUCUCGAGCGAUGGUGUCGGAUCAUUACCCGGCAACCUCAGUCCGAACGAAAAGCUUCAGCGGGAGAGAGAUGCUCGGCUACAGAAGAGAGUGAGCGCAGGAGGACGUCUGGCUAAGAGCCCGAUUCCGGAAAGGUAG